GCCCAAAUUGUGUUCAGUUGAUGUUGCCUUCGUCGCUUAUUGUGUCAAAAUGGCAGAUUCAUCGAAAUCGAAAGAAAAUUAUCAAAGAGAUGAGGCGGCCGAACAACUUUCAAAUUGGUCGGAGAAAAAUAAGAGUAAAAUCGGUUUUUCUGAUAGCGCCGCUGCAAUCGACUUGAUUAAUAAAGACGUUAGUUUAACUGCAGGACGUUAUGGACCGAUAGUUCUGAGGGAUUAUGAUCUACUACAACAACUUCAAAGUUUUCACAGAGAAAGAAUUCCAGAGAGAGUUGUACACGCAAAAGGUUCUGGAGCAUUCGGCUAUUUCGAGUGCACCAAGGCCCUCACAGAUCUUACUGUAUCCAAAGUUUUUGAAUGCGUUGGAAAGAAAACACCGAUAGCUGUACGAUUUUCACAGGUUGCUGGUAAUCUGGGAACUGCUGAUACAGUGAGAGAUCCUAGAGGCUUCGCAAUAAAAUUUUAUACCGAGGAAGGCAACUGGGAUCUGGUAGGAAAUAACACGCCCAUCUUCUUUAUGAGAGAUCCUAUACUAUUCCCGAUGUUCAUCCAUUCCCAGAAGAACAACCCGGUUACUAAUCUCCGAGAUUGGGAUAUGUUCUGGGAUUAUUUGAGUUUAAACCACGAGAGUGUUCACCAAGUACUGUUCCUGUUUGGCGACAGAGGAAUACCCGAUGGGUACAGGCAUCAACAUGGUUUUGGAUCGCAUACAUUUUCAUUUAUCGGUGAAAAACGUAAAUUGACGUGGGUUAAGUUUAUCUACAAAACUGAUCAAGGAAUAAAGAACUUGGAUCCUAAAACUGCCGAAAUAAUCGCUGGUAAAGAUCCGAAUUAUGCCCGAAGAGAUUUAUACAACGCAAUAGAAGAGGGCAAAAAGACAGGAAAGUAUCCAAGUUGGACUUUCUACAUCCAAACUAUGACGCAAGAUCAAGCUGAGAAAUUGAAAUUCAAUCCAUUUGAUAUCACCAAAGUUUGGCCUCACGGCGACUUUCCAUUACAGAAAGUCGGUAGAUUCGUAUUAAAUCGCAACCCUUCAAACUUUUUCGCCGAAAUUGAACAACUCUCCUUCAGUCCCAGCAAUUUCACGCCAGGUUUUGGACCUUCACCAGACAGAUUACUUCAAGGACGUUUAUUCUCCUAUCCCGAUUCCCAUUUGUACCGCCUUGGUACUAACUAUCAACAGCUUCCAGUCAAUCGCCCAAUUAAAAAGGUGCAAAACUUUGAGCGUGAUGGUGAAUCAGUAUUGUACAAUCAAAAUGGAGCACCCAACUAUCACCCAAACAGUUUCGGUGGUCCUAAUGUCAACCCGAUAGCCGAAGAAUGGGUUAAUCCACCAGAAGCUGUCAACGCUAAUGUGGACUAUUACAAUUUGGGUAAAGAUGAUAAUUUCUCUCAGCCUAGGGUAUUCUGGAACAAAGUUUUGGAUAGCGCAGCAAAACAGAGAAUGGUUGAUACAUUAGCGAAUUCCAUACAAAAAGCUAGAGCUGAUAUCAGAAAUAGAUCGGUGGAGAUGUUUAGAAAUGUCGAUUCGGAUCUUGGAGACAGAUUAGCUAAAGCUUUAGGUCAAUUACAAGUUCAUUUGUAAAGGUUAUUGUUAUUAUAAACUCAUGUUAAUACAAUAUUAUGGUAUUCUGAAAAUAAUAAAGUUGUAUCGAAUAU